ACUCUGCAGCGUCACAGAACACAUUAGGUAAUGUUUGUGUUUAAACUGUGUUUCCUUUUAAACGCUAAGGUGUUGUGGUUGAGAAGCUCGCACUUGGAUUAUCCUUUGUGAUUUUUGCUACACGCCUGUUUAGGAUUUCUUAUUACUCCGCUAUUGGACCUGACUCCUACACCGACUCUACAGCAGCGAUGAUGAACUUCACUUCAGCCUCGCUUCAGCAGCACCAGGAUGUGGAGCCCGAGCCCGGAUGGAGCGGACUGGACGACCCCUGGAACGGGACACGGAGGGAGACGUUUGUGAGGAGCCCAUCCCCUCUCUGGAGCUCAUCCCCAUCUCCUGUGAGGAGCCCAUCCCCUCUCAGGACCCCAUCACCUGUGAGGAGCCCAUCCCCUCUCAGGACCCCAUGGUCGUCACCUGUGAGGAGCCCAUUCUCUCUCAGGACCCCAUGGUCGUCACCUGUGAGGAGCCCAUUCUCUCUCAGGACCCCAUGGUCGUCACCUGUGAGGAGCCCAUCCCCUCUCAGGACCCCAUCACCUGUGAGGAGCCCAUCCCCUCUCAGGACCCCAUGGUCGUCACCUGUGAGGAGCCCAUUCUCUCUCAGGACCCCAUGGUCGUCACCUGUGAGGAGCCCAUUCUCUCUCAGGACCCCAUGGUCGUCACCUGUGAGGAGCCCAUUCUCUCUCAGGACCCCAUGGUCGUCACCUGUGAGGAGCUCAUCCCUUCCCAGGACCCCAUCACCUGUGAGGAGCCCAUCCCCUCUCAGGACCCCAUGGUCGUCACCUGUGAGGAGCCCAUUCUCUCUCAGGACCCCAUGGUCGUCACCUGUGAGGAGCCCAUUCUCUCUCAGGACCCCAUGGUCGUCACCUUUGAGGAGCCCAUCCCCUCUCAGGACCCCAUGGCCAUCACCUGUGAGGAGCCCAUCCUCUCUCAGGAUCCCAUCCCCAUCACCUGUGUGGAGCCCAUCCUCUCUCAGGACCCCAUCCCCAUCACCUGUGUGGAGCUCAUCCCUUCCCAGGACCCCAUCACCUGUGAGGAGCCCAUCCCCUCUCAGGAGCCCAUCCCCAUUACCUGUGUGGAGCCCAUCCUCUCUCACGACCCCGUCACCUGUGAGGAGCUUAUCCCCUCUCACGACCCCGUCACCUGUGAGGAGCUUAUCCCCUCUCACGACCCCAUCACCUGUGAGGAGCUUAUCCCCUCUCACGACCCCCUCACCUGUGAGGAGCUUAUCCCCUCUCACGACCCCGUCACCUGUGAGGAGCUUAUCCCCUCUCACGACCCCGUCACCUGUGAGGAGCUUAUCCCCUCUCACGACCCCGUCACCUGUGAGGAGCUUAUCCCCUCUCACGACCCCGUCACCUGUGAGGAGCUUAUCCCCUCUCACGACCCCCUCACCUGUGAGGAGCUUAUCCCCUCUCACGACCCCGUCACCUGUGAGGAGCUUAUCCCCUCUCAGGAGCUCAUCCCCUCUCAGGUCCCCAUCACCUGUGAGGAGCCCAUCCCCUCUCAGGACCCCAUGGCCAUCACCUGUGAGGAACCCAUCCCCAUCACCUGUGAGGAGCUUAUCCCCUCUCGGGACCCCAUCACCUGUGAGGAGUCCAUCCUCUCUCAUGACCCCAUCACCUUGGCUGGUCAACCGUAUGUUCGUGCCAUGAUGACAAUUCCUGUCCCACGCCAGGGCAUAAGGAGGAGGAGGGACGAAGAGGAUGACGAGGAAGAAGCCCCUCCGAGUAGACGGCAGCAUGUGGAUCAGGAUGGGGAGGUGGAUUUCAUCAGGAGGAUCGUCCGAUUCCCCGUUCGGUUGAUUUCUAUUUACAUGAGAGAGCUGCAUCCAGAGGAUUCUUACCUCCAUCUCUAG